CGCAAUAAUUUCUUCAUAGAGUAAACUUGUUCGCUAACAUUUCGUUGCUAAAUUCAAUGCUACUUUGCUUUAACUGGACAUCGACGGACCCGCUUUUUAUUGUUGACCCACGCUAUAUUCACUGGAUUUUGUUUGCCUUUCGAUUUGGUUACUGCCGACCCUAUAUACACACUGCAGUCUUUGCUGCCGACGAUGCCGCAUAAUUUGACUAUAAAAUGCUGCGUACCGAACUGCGGCAAAACACGAUUGGAUGGAACAAUCUUACACAUUUUUUUCAAUCCUGAAAAAGACCCUGACUGGUUUCGGACUUGGCUCUAUGCAAUUGGUGGAGAUAUACUGGCAUUGGAAAAUUUUUAAACCAUUUUUAAGUAUCGGUAUGUCAUCAACAUUUUCAAUCUCGGUUCUACACUGCAAUAGGUUAUGUGCUUACGCUGUGCCAACACUAAAUUUACCAGGAUUUCAUGUAACACGUAGGACACCUCUGCAAGAAGUUACUAAUAUAAAUGUUGAAAAAGGGCAGGCAGAAAAAGCUGAAGAGAUCAAUAUGUGCAAGCCAUCUUCUAGCAGUUCUGUUAAAUGUGGUUCUUCCGAGUCUAAUGAAAUAACUUUUCUUAAGCAAAAAAUUAAGAAGAUAGAGAGAAGCAAGGACAACUAUUUGAAAAAAUGGAAGAAAGCUCUUAAAAUAACGGAGAAUCCAUCAUUUCUAAAAGCUACAAGAAAUUUCACUUCUGCUGCAAUGAUUCUACUCAUGAUGCAGUUAACCCAAACAAAUAAAGAUAAAUUUGGACGGAGAUACUCCAAAGAGGAAAAAAUAUUUUCUCUAGCAUUUUAUAAGAUGGAUCCUAGAGCAUACAGAUGGCUACGGAACAUGAUAGUUUUACCUGCCCCAGUGACAUUAAGUCGCAUGAUUUCAAGAGCAAAUUUAAAACCAGGUGUGAAUGUGAGCAUAUUUUCACAUUUGAAAAAACGUGGCUCGAAAAUGUCGGAAACAGACAAAUUGUGUGUCAUAUUAUUUGACGAAAUGGCUCUUUGUCCUCAUUUUGAUUAUAAUAAAAAAAAGGAUUUGAUAAGAGGUUUUGUGGAUAGUGGAAAAAAAGCAGAAAAUAAAAUUGCUGAUCAUGUAUUAGUUUUUAUGCUAAGAGGGGUUGUAAAAAAUUAUAAACAACCACUAGCAUAUACAUUUUGUAAAGGAAGCACUUCAAAAGCCGAAUUAAAAAAUCAAUUAAAAGCAGUGAUUAGUGAAGUGCAAUCAGCUGGCUUUACAGUGAUCGCCACCAUCUGUGACCAAGGAGCCUCAAAUGUAAGCGCUAUAAAAGAGCUUGUACACGAAACUAAAAUUACAGAUUUAAAGGACAAUAAAGAAGAAUCAAAACACAAAGUGUUUAGAGUGAAUAACCAAGAAAUUAUUCCACUCUUUGACAUACCACAUAUGCUGAAAGGCAUCCGAAACAAUAUGCUAAAAACAAAUAUUAUUUGUAAAAUUAAUGAUAAAGAAGCCAUAGGGAAAUGGGAUCAUAUUGUGACACUAUACAAGGAAAAUCCUGCAUAUAAAGGGUUAAAAUUUUUACCAAAAUUAACUGACCAUCAUGUAAUACCAGAAAAAAAAUAAAAAAUGAAGGUGUUAUGUGCAACUCAGGUGUUCAGUGCUUCUGUUGCCAUGUGUAUGGGAUAUUUGGCAG